AUGACUAAUGAAAAAUAUAAUUAUAUUUAUGAAAUCCCAUCUUCUGUGAUAUGGGAAUUGUCAAAUUUAUUAGAUAGUGGUAAUAUAUGGAAACAACUAGCUUUACAUGCACCUACAAUUACAUAUAGAGAUGUUGAAGCUUGUACAAAAUAUGGAAUAACAGGUAGUCCAACAGAAGCUAUUAUGAGAAUAUUAGGAAGUAAAGGAUAUACAAUAUCUGAUUUAUAUAAGAUAUUAGCAAGAGGUGGUUUUAUUGAAUGUAUGAAACAUUUAAAAGAUUAUGUUCCAAAAGAAUUACAUGUAUUAGAUAAAUUACAUAUUGAGAGAAAUGAUAAUAAUAAGACAGAAAGUACGCGUAAUAUAGAAGCAUUUUUACCAAAACUAUCUGGUUCAAUAAUUCCAAUUAAUAUAUCUAUAACAGGCAAAAAUUGUAUAGACAAAGAUUUAUAUAAUUUUAAAGAUGUUUCUGUUUCAAUAAAAUCUAGUAUUGAAAAUACUUUAACGGUUAAUUAUCAAGAGUUGUUAAUAGCAACAGAAAAUUUUUCUGAUACACAAAUAUUAGGAAAAGGUGGUUAUGGUAUUGUAUAUAGGGGUUGUUGGAAACAUAUUGAUGUUGCUGUUAAAAGAAUUAUGCCACGAAAACAAUCAUUAGGAAGAAAAAAAGAAAAUGAAAAAUUUACACAAAGUUUUCAAGAAUUAAAAACAUUAACAAAAUAUAGACAUGAUAAUAUUUUACCACUUUAUGGUUUUUCAAUGGAUGGACCUGAACCAUGUUUAGUUUAUCAAUAUAUGGCAAAUGGAUCAGUAGAAGAUCGUUUGUUAUGUAGAAAUAAUACAGAUCCUUUAACAUGGGAACAACGUUUUUCUAUUGCUAAAGGUAUUGUUAGAGCAUUAAAUUUUUUACAUUCAAUACCAAAAAAUGCAAUUAUUCAUAGAGAUGUUAAAACAGCAAAUAUUUUAUUAAGUCAAUUUAUGGAACCUAAAUUAGGUGAUUUUGGUUUAAGUAGAGAUGUUUAUGGAGAAAAUAAUGAUAGUGUAACAUCACCAUUAAUUGUUUCACAUAUUAAAGGUACAAUGGCAUAUUUACCUCCUGAAUAUAUAAAUAAUAGAAUAAUAUCAACAAAAUUAGAUGUAUAUAGUUUUGGAAUAGUUUUAUUAGAACUUGCUACUGGUUUACGUCCUUAUUCUGAAACUCAGACACCACAUGGAUUAAUUGAUUAUGUUUUACAUCAUAAAAAAAUAUUAUCUCAUAACAACGUAUAUGUAAGUGAAUUUUUAGUUGAUCGUCGUUUGCAAACUACUGAAUGUUUUGAUAUAUUUAACAAACUUUUGUAUGUUGGUCUUUUAUGCGGAGAAAGAAAUAUUGAUAAACGUCCUGAAAUUGAUGUUGUCUCAAGAGAAUUAUUAGAAUAA